AUGUCGCUGUCUAAGAUGGGGUCUUCGCAGAUGGGGAAACUCGGCCUAGGACUCUCGACCAUGUCCUCCGUCGACCCACCACCCCUUUGGGUUGGGUUGGUCCACCCCCCCUUGUGCUUCUUCUUCUUCUUCUCGGGUCGGCGAUCUGGGGACAUCGUUGACUAUGUCAACGAAGCUGCCGUCCCGUCACAGUCCCCCCCCCCCCCCCCCCCCCCGCCUCUAUUGCCUCUUUGUUUGGCGGCCCUUGCGACAACUGCAAGCAAAGCAAAGCAAAGUCAAGCCAAGCCUCGCCGUUCCUCGAUUGCUAUUGCGUGCGCCCGGCUGAGCGACGCGACAGAAAUCCAACUAGCCAACUCCGUCUCGCCCUUUCGCAGGUAUAUUGCCAUUGAAUGGAUGUCGAACGUGUGCCAUGACAUCAGCUGCAAGUUUGUCAUCCCUCCCCUUCCCCCCAUAACGCCAUUCCCUCGACCGACCUUCUCUGCCCGGUACGACGAGGUCGAGAUUCACGCCAUGAUUAUCCCCGAUGAAGCCUCUCUCUCUCUCUCUCUCUCUCUCUCUCUCUGGAGGAGCCUCGAUCGUCACGUCAAUCCGUUGAUGUGUAGGCUUAAAAGUUUCCGCACGCACUGGUCAGUUGAGACUUUGGAAGGGGACCUGCCCCCCGCCCCCCCCCCAUAG